GUUCUAGACGUGUAGUAAUCUAUCAUGAUUGAAAUGCUGGGCAUACAACGUGGGGACAACGUCACUGCCGGUAGAUUGAAGCAUGCGGUACAGGGAAGUCAAGGAAUAGGAUAUCAGUGAGCGUAAGGGUCUACCCUCGGUCUGCGUGCGGGGAUCUCAGUGAAUGGCCAAAGCUAUGAGCUAGAUUGCUCGUGGGUGCGCUUGCAAGGGGAAUUGGUCACGUAGCGCAACUCGAAGCCAGCUUGGUUUGUUUACUGUUCAAAAACAAAGGUGUGCUGUCGGCAUCAGGAAGCCUGUACAGAGCGAAGAAGCAUGGGGCGCCAAGCACCAACGUCACAUGCCCGAGGGUUGCGACGCAGCUUCAGCGCAGCAUCAAGCAGCCAUUGAAUCGCAACAGGUCUUCCCACAAGCUACACGACACGCUCGUUAGCAUGCACCCGGCUGUCCGGAUGCGCGCCCUCCGCAUCAGGCCCUCGGUGCCCCGCCUGCGCCCGUCGCAGCGCCCGUUCGUGCACCCCACGCGGCAGGCCUCGACAGCUGCCACCGACGCUCGCUCCGCCGCAACGCGCACCAAAAACUUCGUGUACGGCACUGCCCUCACGCUUGCGCUCUCCUUCGGCUACCUCUACGUCACCGACACGCGCUCCAGCAUCCACGAAUGGCUUGUUGUGCCUGCGCUGAGGCAGGUCUACCCCGACGCAGAGGAUGCGCACCACGCGGGGACAAAGAUCGUGAAGGCGCUGCACAGCUUUGGCUUGAACCCUAGAGAGCGAGGCGACCCCGAUGCCGCUGGGGACCUUGCUGUGGAGGUGUUCGGUCACACGUUGGUCAACCCGAUUGGAACGUCUGCGGGCAUGGAUAAGGGUGCCGACAUUGUGACGCCCGUCUUCGAGCUGGGUGCUGGCCUUGUCGAAGUAGGAGCCAUCACUCCGCUGGCCCAAGAAGGCAACCCCAAGCCGAGGGUGUUCCGCCUUCCAUCCCAGAAUGCCCUCAUCAAUCGCUACGGCUUCAAUUCCGAGGGCGCAGAGACGGUUGCCAUGAGGCUACGACACCGUGUGAGACAAUUUGCAUAUCAUGCAGGCCUCGGCAUUGACGAGGAGGCUGAGCGUAAGGUCCUGGACGGAGAAGCUGGCGUCCCGCCUGGCUCGCUCGUUCCAGGCCGGCUGCUGGCAGUCCAGAUCGCGAAGAACAAGACCACGUCUGAGCAGGAUAUCGAGGCCGUCAAGAGGGACUACACCGCCUGCGUCAACAAGCUGGCCAAGUAUGCCGACAUCAUUGUUGUCAACGUCUCAAGUCCCAACACGCCCGGUCUGAGAGCUCUGCAGAACGUGGAGCCGCUUACACAGCUGCUGAACAGCGUUGUGCAAGCUGCGAAGAAGGUAGAUCGGAAGACAAAACCCGCCAUCAUGGUCAAGGUGAGCCCGGAUGAGGACUCCGAGGAGCAAGUGUCUGGCAUCUGCGAGGCUGUAUGGGAUUCUGGCGUGGACGGAGUAAUUGUCGGGAACACGACCAAGAAGCGACCUGACCCCCUUCCCAAGGGUUAUCUUCUACCCCAGGACGAGGCCAAUCUCCUCCUGGAACAAGGAGGCUACUCCGGACCACAGAUGUUUGAGCGCACUCUGAGCCUUGUGAGGAAGUACAGGAAAGCGCUCGAUGAUGGCCCGAAACAGCUUCCACCGUCCCCGUCGAAGCCCGACGUACCUUCAGUGGGACCUUCGACUGGCGAUGAACCCGACUCUUCCAUUGUUGCCAAGCUCCAGGCUUCCAAGUCACCUUCGGAAGCUAUCGACUCGGCAGCAUCGAAACUUCCCCCUGCAUCUGUGGAACUGCACUCGGAAGCUUCACCACCACCGACAAAUGUGGACGAUUUGAGUGCGUCUGCGCCGAUCGCCACAUCGAAGCCUGCCGCUGUCCCACCGCGCAAUCCUGCUCCGGCUCCGGUAACGGCUGGCCCACGGAAAGUCAUCUUCGCGACCGGCGGUAUCACAAAUGGACGCCAGGCACGAGAAAUUCUUGACGCAGGUGCCAGCGUUGCGCAAGUGUACACUGCAAUCAUCUACGGCGGCGUUGGUACGAUAAGCAGGAUCAAGGAGGAGAUGAGGGAAGAGGCGAACAAGAACAGGUAGAAGGCAUGGAUUAUGCAUGGAUACAUGAACGAGGGUAUGAAUACAGAGAAAUUUUACGUGCAGAAUUACUCCAAAGACCAAAGUGAAAGGACA